AUGGUGCUCGCUCUUCUCGGAAUUUUGAAACACGGUCAACCCAAUGAUACCUUCAACACCAAGCGUCUCUUUCGGGAUGCCUUUGUGGAGUUUGUGGCCACUACCCUCUUUAUUUUUAGUGGGACAUUGAGUGCUUCAUCCACCGGCAAGAAGCUCGCUCUCGGUCAAGGUGCCGCGGAAGAUGUUGGCCGUGUCUUGCCCAUUGCCAUGGCUUUUGGAAUUUCCAUCAUGACGUUGGCCUAUUCCAUCGGUCACCUCACUGGCGGGCACAUGAACCCGGCGGUCAGCCUCUUGAUGUUCUUCCGUCGUCAGAUGUCGGCCACCAAGAUGAUCUUCUACUGGAUUGCCCAGUUUGUGGGUGCCAUCUUGGGCGCCUCUCUGACAUGGGGAUGUGUUUCCAGCCUGGCAGGGGACCCAGUGUUGAAUGGGGAAUUCAAACGCCCACCCUUUCAUUUGGGAGCCAAUACGUUGGACCCUACUAUGACCGCCGGCAAUGGAUUCUUGUUGGAGUUUAUGGGGUCUGUCGUCUUCUUCUUUGUCAUCGCUCAAACUGCAUUGGAUAAGAGGGGAAUUGCCGACUCCAUGUUCCCAGCUAUCCCCAUUGGAUUCUCUCUGGUUGUGGUUCACAUCUGUCUCAUUCCCUUUACGGGAUGCGGUGUCAACCCAGCUCGCACCUUUGGACCUUCCAUUGUGGUUUGCAUGGCCGGUGGAGACUGCGAAGCUGUCAUGGGAGACGCGUACUGGAUCUACUGGAUCGGACCUUUCCUAGCGUCUUGGGCUGUUGCCGAGUUGACGCUCAUUAUGGAGAUGGACGUGGAUGGUGUUGAAGCAGCGACUGCCCCCAAGGAAAUUGAAAGCGCUGGUGAAGAUGCCCCCAACACAGAUCUUGCCAAGGAAGAGCAAGAACUCAUGAAAGAGGUAGCCAACACGGCAGAAGAGCCCGAAAUUUCACCAGAUGAAGAACAGCCAGGAGUGCAGGCUAGCACCUUGUCAGCCUAA